GGCUUUUAAUUGAGAACAAACAAGAUUCGCUUAAAGUGAAAGGGAAAAACACAUUUUCCUACAUUCUUUACACUCCUCACUCCUCGUAGAGUAGUCUGUCAAAUCAUUGAAAAAUAAUAAAUAUUAUUCUUGUCUCGCGUCACCUCCUUCAUACGCAGGCGCAGGUGUAUUUAGACAGUUCUCGCGUGUUCUCAGGUGUAUUUAAACAGUGUCCGUUUGUAUAUCGCGUACGGGUUUACAUAGCGCGCCUCGAGGUUUUCUGGGAACAAUUCCGUGCGGCUUCUAAAGAAGAAAGUAGAAUGCUGUGGGGAAGAUGCGUUCUCUAGCUCUCGUUCUCGCGAGCUGCUUCCACUUCCUGCAAAUCGUCGUUCGCUGCCAGGAAUUGUCGGUCAUCAGACACUCCGAUGGCGAUAUUUUUACCAUCGAAGGUUCCUGUACAGAAGCCUGUACAGUACUCAGCAGCGGCACCGCCAGCCCUUACUCCCGUAGUUCCUCGAGUUCCUCGAGUCUGCUUGUACCGAAUAGUUCCUGCACGUGCCAGUGUAACUUCGAUCUGCCGAUAUUUCGGGAGGAUCUUCACAUAUGCGUCAACGAUAUCCACGAGUGCAACGUUGCGGGAUUCGUCAGCAACAACGGUUACGUGGAGAGAGUACCGUAUGUCUUUCUACCACAGCGAGGGCAGAUAAUAUAUCCGCACGCAGAGAUUCGCUUUGAAGGUGUGACCACUCCUGUAUGCGGGAUUGCCGGUGCCCAGCAAUUGGGAAGGGUGGGAUGGUCCGAGCUGAGGAAUCUUUCCGACACCGAGCCGCCCUUCAGAUUGUUCCGGGACGAGGGCAGGACAUUCCUCCAGUGGAUCGGCGAGACCGGACUAAGGGAUGCUGCUGAAGGGCGAGUCGUGACGGCCAAACUAGUCUGUAGAGACGCGUCACCCAAGUCGACGUUUAGCGGUGUUUUCACACCGUGCGUGGCCUUCAGAGUGGCCGGUUCACCAUCGAAAAAUAACGUACGCGAAGUGAUGUUCGCAUCGACAUCCCAAGUGUCUCAAGGUUUAUCAGCUACGGAAUACAUCGCCAUCGGUCUCUCUUCCGUUAUCUUGGCUCUCAUAUACGUGGCCAGCGUAUCGUUAUAUUUGCACAGCAGAAGGGCGAAGAGAAAAUCCAUUGAGGAGGCGAACAUCACUCUCGACGGCGGUCGAGACGGCAGUGGAUUGGUCAAGAAUAAUCCAUUGCUAGCCGCUACGAGACAUUUUGAGAGCGACACGAAUAGCGGACUUACCGAGAGCGAUUUGGGCGAUGAUCUGCCACCGAGCGAUAACGAGCAAGGUUUCGAAAACCAGAUAACGUCUGCGAUCGUUCAUCCACACUGCGUGUAUCUGGAGCAAUCGGAAGGACUCUUCUCCGCGGGUUCUAUUCUGGGCGAGAGACUACCGGAAGAGGAUGUACGGGUCGUGGAGACGGCUGACAACCCGCAUCAGCAGGAUGUACCGGUUCUUCCAGGUGCUCAACGGAGGAAACUGUACUUCAAUCCCGCGUAUUUCGAUCGACAGCUAUUGCUGGCCCCACCUCCGGCCGCUAUCGAGUUCCUGCUCAAAAUCCGAGAGGUCAUUUCCAUCGCCAAGCACAAGAUGGCUGCGAAGAGAUUCGUUCCUACUCUCAACGGUAUUCCGGAAGAAGAGAGCAAUUUCGAGCGAUGCGAGUCGGCAAAAUCGAGCAAACAUCAGCAGAGAGCGACGUCGAGCUCCGUCCAGGGUGGUUCGGUCGCGAAAUCACGCCGAUCCCAACGAUGUACCGGAUGCCCCGGCUGCAGCAGCGACUCCCCCCGACAACUGCCCGCGCUUCCCGUGCCCGAUCUGCCGACCCAUGGUGAGAGCAAGGUGCGCGCAUGGCUGGAGGAUGUGCGGCCGCCGCGACGUAGCUGGCGAGAUGCCGAGGACACGCGCAGGAAUUUUCAGGAGAACGCGCGGACGUUCGCCAGGAAUCUGGAGUACCUGAAACAGUUGGCGAGACGCGAUUUUGCUGAUCCGGACGAUCGCCCGAAUCUCGCCGGCAAAUCGAUAUCAUCGUGGAAGGACAAUCCGCCGAUGUUGAGGACCUUCCAAAAUAUCUCUGUUAAAAGCGAGAUUCUUGGGAACGACGAUCGUCACAGCGUGUCAAGACGAUCGACCAGAUCCAUGUUCGACGAGUCCGAGUACGAUCGUUACGGUUGCGGCAAGCGAAUGAACGGAACGACGUUCCAAUUCACUGCUGGAGACGAUACGAUAAACGCUAAAGUCCGCAAGGCCAUCGAGAAUUCCUUCAUCAAGCAGAUGGAAGAGAGUGCAGCCAUAGAGAACAAGGUGAAGGAAAGCGGAAAGGACGACAAAAACAGCAAGAGUGAGGACGAAUCGGCGAAGACGGAAAGAUCGUCGUCCAGUAACACUGAAGAAUCGGAGAAACCAAAAUUGCAGCCAUCACAGAAUAACUGCCCUCCGAAGAGAUCGAGGAAGUCGAAGGCGCCGAGCGCGCCGCCGUCGAGGAAAAAGGAACUUCCGGAUAUGAUCAACGAACUACCCGGUGCGAAGAACACUGCAAAACGCAUCAUGGACGCCGUGAUACGGGAGAUGGUGGACGUAAAAGCGUUGGAUCAUCAUCAUGCGAGGUCAUCCGAUCCCGCGACAAUCGGCAGCUACGAGGUGGACAGUCUCGAACGUUCCAAGUGCAGCAGAAAAUCGUCGACGUCGCCAGACCAGUCGUCGUCAAUGGAUAAUCAAUCUAGUCCGGCUCUAUCGACGGCAUUGCCAAUGGACGAAGAGCUGACGAUGCAAAACGCCGUAAUCAACACUCGUACCGGAGAGAUGACGAUGUCGAAACUUAGCAAUCAGAUCCUCGUUCAAAGAAACUGUUACAACAGCUUACCGGAAUUGAUCAGCAGUCAGCGAUCGGAAGCAUACGCGCUGGUAAGUGAGGUCUAUGUGAACGACGGUUACGCCAGUCCUGCCUGCAGCGACGACAGCGGUCCGGAGAUCCAAUACGAACCGGAGAAUCCAGGUCACUUGACUAUUAGAGUGCAAGACUCGCCCGAGAAUUACGUUAAGCUUGAUGAGUCCGAGUACGAACCGGAUACGCUUGAUCGGAAGCCGAUGAAGCUACGAAUCAACGACGACAUGCAAUACGAACGGGCAGAUAUGAUUAAUGAGGUUUACGUGGACUCAUUAGAGCGACCAACGCAGAUCCUGCUCAGGAGCAAGGGCAGUUUCCGCGACGAUAAUUCCAGCGCAGCGCGACAACGGUGUGGUCAUGGAAGUCUGCGAGAGAUCUACGAGGCAAAGAUCAAGUCGAAUUUAAAAGAACCGCACUCGACAACGCAGGAUCAUAGUCACGAUAUCAAAUGCCAAAUGAACGGCGAAUCGAGUGACGGUACUUUAUCAUGGAAGAAGUGCAAGUAUCUGACGCCGGAUAGUAGGCAAGCGAAAAGACAACGGCAACCGCAUAAUCAGCCGGACGUGGUGCCGUUGCCGCCCACGGAAGAGAUCUACCAACGGCCGAAGCCGCCGCGACGCGUCGAGGACGCGAAACUGCUGCUGCCACCGCCACCACCUUCAUCGUCAUCGUUGUCGUUUCCUUCAAAAAACGUUUGGGACAGGAGACUUGUCGAAGCGGGUGACCCUACGGCCAGCAACGGCGCUCCUGUCCCGAAAGUCAACGGAUACCAUGUAGGGAACCAGACGUGUCUCUGCGCAUCGCAGAUUCAAUUUGUCAAUGACAUUGCGACUGAGUACGAGGUUUACAACGAGAAGGACGUCGCCUUGAUGGGGUUGACGUUUCUCAACGAGAGUAUAGACGACCGUACCGUGAUGAAUGGUUGCAGGGAUUGUCCGUGCGAGACACGAAUCGAGAUCAAGGAUUCUAAAGAUAGAUACAGGUUUUAUGAAAACCAAAUUGACGUAGAAGAGGAGGUUUCGUCGCGUGGAACGAGGACAGCGCGAGAGAAACGACCUGCAACAAGCUUUUCUCAUCACAGAAGUUCCACGAGGACUAGAACACGAUCGUGGAGUAUCGAUGACCAUUGCCGGGAGAGCGGUUCCAGAACGACGCAACUGAUGAAGGGUUUCUCGAGGAGUUGCGAUUCCGGCGCGAGUAACUUGAUGCUACCGCUGGUGGCGGACAAUCGGCGCAGUCAUGUCAAGGUCGAGGACAGUGGCUAUCUCAGUAGCACCGACAGCAAUGGUUCCCGCAAGCGACUACUGCGACACGAGGUGAGCAGCGUGUCCGAGGAGACCGACGAGACCGAGUCGGUGUGCGACGGCGCCGAAAGCGAGAGCGGUGCCGAGAGCAUCGGCACCGACAGCGUAUUCUUCGGCAACUUUCGCAAACUGUCGGAGAUCUCUAAGAGCGCCGACUCUGGUGUGGAUCUGGACGGGAAGAUACCGCCGUCCUAUUAUCAGCCGUUCUUUGGCGCGAGAAGCGAGGCCGCGAUGGUCCUGGAAAGAGCCAACUUUAGUGCCAGCGAUAGCGAGACUGAGAGCCUCGUCACUGUCUUGCCACCCUGUAGCAAUCAGUGUAACAGUUUGGUAUCAUAA